GUACUUGUGAUUUGAAAAAAUACUGCAAAGAUGAAAUUUUUCGCUAUUUUCGCCGCCGUCGUUGCUGUUGCUGUGGCCCGCCCUGGCACAAGCACCUGGACUCUGGAGGAGCUCUCUGAUGCUCUCCAGAACCCCAAUAUCGACCCCGAACUCGUGCCCAUCUUGGAACAUGCAUUAAAUGAAAUCAUGUCUGCUCUUCACAGCGGAGAACAAUUAGAAAGCGUCUUUGUGCCUCUGCCCGCUGAUGUCGCCAUUGUGCCUAGCCCUGAGCUCUCUGAUGCUCUCCAGAACCCCAAUGUCGACCCCGCACUCGUACCCAUCUUGGAACAUGCUUUAAAUGAAAUCAUGACUGCUCUUCACAACGGAGAACAAUUAGAAAGCGUCUUCGUGCCCCUGCCCGCUGAUGUCUCCAUUGUACCUAGCCCUGUUGUUCCCGCCCCCGUUGUUCCCAGUCCCGCUCCAUCCAGCCCUCUUGUGCAGAUCAUCGUCAAUGUUAAAAGCCAGCAGCAGGUUGGUAAACAUUGUAGAUCCCUAUCGUUUUGGCCUUCUAGCUCUUUUACUAACUUUGGCUAUAUUAAUCUCUGUAGCAGCAGCGGUUGCUGCAAAAGCCACCAACUCGUCCAUCCCCGUUGCGAGCUACGAAUGAAAUUCUUUACUUUGCUUGCCGCCAUUGUGGCUGUUGCCCUCGCCCGCCCAGGCACAAGUACCUGGACUCUGCAGGAGCUCUCUGAUGCUCUACAGAACCCAAACGUCAAUCCCGCAGUUGUGCCCUUCUUGGAACAUGCUCUAAAUGAAUUAAUGAGUGCUCUUCACAAUGGGCACGAAUUUGAAAGCAUCCACGUACCCCUGCCUGCUGACAUCCCAGUUAUAGCCGAGCCUGUCAUUCCUUCUCCCGUCGACAUUCCUGCUGUAUCAAGCCCUCUCGUGCAGCUCAUCAUCAACGUGAAGUGUCCACAGCAGGUGACUGAUGUCGGUACCGCUCCCCCGGCUGACGUUCCCGGACCAGACUUCAACCCUAUCGAUGUCAUCGCCGUCAACCCCAUCGAAGUUUAAUAAUUACCAAUUAAUAACAGCUCAUUAUUUACAAGAGGUAUAAAUUCUCUAUUCUGAAUUCAAUAAAUUAUAUGAUUUACAAAU